AGGAAGGAAAACCCCAAAUACAUUUCAUAAUAAUACAGGUUUAUUUAAUUUAAAAGUAAUAAUAUUAAUAUAAUACCAGUGUGUCAUUUCAACUGUUCAAUAAUGUUUUGAUUUUAAAGCUAGGAUUCUGAUAUUGUUGAUUUUACUUACGGUGCCAAGUGUAAUAUAUUGUAGUCGUUUAUCACGGUUCACCACUCCAGCUGUCACCACAUUGGCUGUCACCACACCGGCUAUCACCACACCAGCUGUCACCACACCAGCUGUUUUUACCUACCGGAAAAGCUCAGUACGACAGUUUGAUUUUGAGGCGUCAGUGCUGGCGGCAAAAUGUCCCGGAAGGACGUUCUGCUGGUGGCGGCCCUGGACUUCGGCACAGCGUACUCGGGUUACGCCAUCCAGUUCCGUCACGAAUACGACCCGAAGGAUCCAACCAAGAUCCGGGCGCCACAACCCUGGAAUGGCGGCAAACAGAGCCUGAUGUCUUACAAGACGCCAACGUGUCUGCUGCUGGACGAUAAUCAGACGAUCGUUAGUUUCGGCUUCGAGGCAGAGGAACGGUAUGCAGACAUCUGUAUGAGCGAGGAGAGCCACAAGUACUACUUUUUCCGGAGGUUUAAGAUGCGCCUUCAGGAAGGAGAGGGCUUGAAGAAGGACGCGACACUAGCAGACGAGACCGAUAGGGAACUUCCGGCGCUCACGGUGUUCGCACUGUCCAUACAGUGUCUGAGGAACCGGCUUAUGGAACUCCUCAACAACGAGGGGACUGGUCCCGGCGAGGACGAGGUGCUGUGGGUCCUCACUGUGCCCGCCAUUUGGGACGACCGUGCCAAGGAGUUCAUGAAGGCCGCCGCCAAACAGGCGGGAAUCAACGAGAAGUUCCUGCAGAUCGCUCUGGAGCCGGAAGUGGCGUCCCUGUUUUGCCAGUACCUGCCCGUUGAGAAGCUGUGUGACACGCAGAAGAACGCAUUCUCCAACGCUCGCCCCGGAACCAUCUACAUGGUCGCCGACCUCGGAGGCGGUACGGCAGACAUCACGGUGCACGAGAAGCUGGCAGACAACAAGGUGAAGGAGGUCCAUCAGGCGACCGGGGGUCCGUGGGGAGGCACGGCAGUCGAUCACGCAUUCUGGCAGCUCCUCGUCGCCAUCGUCGGCAACCCGACCAUGUCCCGGUUUCGACGAGAACAGACAUACGACCAUCUGGAACUGCUCAAAGAGUUUGAAUGCGUCAAGAGGACACUGGGCAGUAAGGAGGGGGAGUGGUACACCAUCAAGCUUCCUGCGAGUCUGAAUGACGCUUGUAAAGAGGACCAUGAGGAGACUUUUAAAGAAUUGGCAGAGCAAUCGCUGUAUAAGGAUAACCUGACGUUUAUCGGUGACAAAAUGCGGGUAAAGGUGUCGCUGGUUGAAAUUCUUUUUAAGAAGGUAACUGACCAGAUUAUCCAGCACAUAAACAACAUCAUCCUCAAGUCGGACGUCGGAAAGAAGGUGUCGCUGAUACUGAUGGUCGGGGGGUUCUCGGAGUCGCCCUUUGUCCAGAAGCAGAUGAAAGGGGCCUUCAGCAAGCACUCAAUUAAAGUCCUGAUUCCCCAACAGGCUGGUCUUGCCGUCCUCAAUGGAGCCGUGAUAUUCGGCCGGGCCCCGGAGGCCAUCACUACGAGGGUGCUACGAUGUUCGUACGGGGUCAAAUGUGGGAUGGACUUUAGGGAGGGGGUCGACCCUGAGGAUUUACGGAGUAAAACAGAUCAGAAGAAAUGCCAAGAUAGAUAUGAUCCUUUUAUAAAAGAGGGUACCUCAGUGGAAAGGGGUCACAAGGUAGUUAAAUUGUACAAAACUACAGCACCGCAUCAGCCGGAAAUGGCUGUGCACGUGUACACCGCUUCAGGACGAGUUCCCGAGUACGUUAGUGACCCCGACUGUCGUUUAUUCGGAACCUUGAGAGUGAAAGUGCCUAACCCAUCGGACAAAAUCCGGAAGUUGCUCGUGAUAUUCCGGUUUGGCAGCACGAGUCUGGCUAUGCUUGCUGUCGAAGAAGAAAGUAAAAGAGCGUGCGUCACAGCGUUCAGUCUGCAGGAGUAGCUAGCGGAUUUACGACCAUACAUAUUUAAUAAACUCGCACACAUUUGUAUUUAUUUGUAAACGGGAACAAUAUCACAUAUCUAUUUUUCUACUUUGCAAACAUUGCCUUACAUUGUUUUCAAAACUUGGUAGCUACAGUUAGAGUAUGGGUUGUGAGAGGUCAUGGGUUCGGAGCCCACCAUAUUCACAUAAUUAUUUGCAUGUCUAUUGCAAAAGGACACAAUUUUACAUUAUUAUUUAUAUAUCUGUAUGUCUCUACUACAUGCCUCUGUUUCGUCCCAAUCGUGGCAUUAAUGACUAAUGUAGCAGGUUGAAAAAAUAUUGUGUAAUACAGGCUGUGCGAGACAUCUGAAAGAAAUAUGUGAUUAUUGCAUAUUUGUUCAUAAACCAG